GUGCGGUGUGGUGGCUGGUGGGCGUUGGUCUCGUCUGCCACUACAUUCAUCCUUGAACGCAAAGUGCAGCUGAAGACCUGUUGAUUCUGUUUCAUUCUCCAUCGGUUUUUCUUUUUUUCUUUGUUUUUCGUUGGGUUUGAGAAACGUGAAUUUCUGACUGACAUGUCUUUCUCCGCAGAUGCUUCUGCUGACACCCCCGGCUCCGAAGAUGCAGGCGCGGAUCGGUUUUCACUGGCAACAGCAACAACAAUGAGAACGACGUGACAGAAGACGGAGCGGAUUAGUUUUUCCAAGACAGCCUCUAACGACGAUGCCGUCAUCGAUUCCCAGAGUGCUGUUGCGCGUUCCGCUGUUUUAGGCGGCGUGCCGGACGCUGACGAGGCAGGCGGCUGUGCGUCUUGGAGAGAGGGGCAGGGGACGCCGGAGACGCGCAGCAGCAGCAUCAACAUCAGCAGCAGCAGCGGCGGCGGCUCCCCACAGUCUGCGCGGGUUCGGAUCAUCCUGCAGCCUCCGGGCGUCGCUGGGCCGUCAGAGCGGACCGCGCGAUGCGCACCGACCACCUCCGUCUCGGCGUCUCUCCCUGAGAUCCCAUCGAGUCAUGUCUGAAACGGAGCGAUGGGCAAGUUCGACGACAACGAGAGGAUAAUCCUCAACGUCGGGGGCACGAGGCACGAAACCUACAAGAGCACCCUGAAGACCCUGCCGGGGACGCGCCUGGCCCUGCUCGCCUCCGACUCGGACAUCGACUCCGUGUUGGACCAGCUGCAACAAGUCCCCGGCUUCAUCGAAUACAACGCGCGGACCAACGAGUACUUCUUCGACCGCCACCCGGGCGUCUUCGCCUACGUGCUCAACUAUUACCGUACCGGGAAGCUGCACUGCCCGGCGGACGUGUGCGGACCGCUGUUCGAGGAAGAGCUCUCCUUCUGGGGCAUCGAUGAGACGGACGUGGAGCCGUGCUGCUGGAUGACCUACCGGCAGCACCGCGACGCGGAGGAGGCGCUGGACGUGUUCGAGCUCAACGUGGACACCACCUGCGAGGAGGACGACGAGGUCGGCAAGAGGCUCGGGAUCGAGGACGUGGCAGCGGACGGGAACGUCAGCCUGUGGAGGAAGUGGCAGCCGGUGAUCUGGAACCUGUUCGAGGACCCGUACUCCUCCAGGGCGGCGCGGUUCAUUGCCUUCGCGUCUUUGUUCUUCAUCCUGGUCUCCAUCACCACCUUCUGCUUGGAGACCCAUGAGGCUUUCAACAAAAUCAUCAACAAGACCGACGCGCGGAACAGCAGCGAGCCGGACCCGGCGCCGCAGUACGAGAUUGAGACCGAUCCCGCACUCACAUACGUGGAGGGAGUUUGCGUGUUCUGGUUCACCAUCGAGUUUCUCGUGCGCGUCACCUUCUGCCCAGUCAAGCUGGAGUUUGUUAAGAGCGUUCUCAACAUCAUCGACUUUGUGGCCAUUCUGCCCUUCUACCUGGAGGUAGGGCUGAGCGGCCUCUCUUCGAAGGCCGCCAAGGACGUCUUGGGUUUUCUCAGGGUGGUGCGUUUCGUCCGGAUUCUGCGCAUCUUCAAGCUAACGCGUCAUUUUGUAGGGCUUAGGGUGCUGGGCCAUACAUUGCGGGCCAGCACCAAUGAAUUUCUGCUGCUAAUCAUCUUCCUGGCGUUGGGAGUUUUGAUUUUUGCCACCAUGAUAUAUUACGCCGAAAGGAUCGGUGCCAAGCCCAAUGACCCCACGGCCACUGACCACACCAAGUUCAAGAACAUUCCCAUCGGCUUCUGGUGGGCCGUGGUGACCAUGACUACUUUGGGCUAUGGAGAUAUGUAUCCAGAGACUUGGUCAGGCAUGGUGGUGGGAGCGUUGUGCGCGUUAGCCGGUGUGCUGACGAUAGCCAUGCCUGUGCCCGUUAUCGUCAAUAAUUUUGGAAUGUACUACUCUUUGGCCAUGGCUAAGCAGAAGCUGCCCAAGAAAAGGAAGAAACAUAUCCCUCAGGCAGUGCAGGGAAGUUCUCCGAUAUACUGUAAAGGGGACCUCAACCUGACCUGCAACAGCACUCAAGGUGACUUGUGCCACGUCAAAGGGGGUAGAUUACUAGAACGCAACCGUUCAGGCUGUGAGAAAUCCCGGAGCUUAAACAACAUUGCCGGCAUGGCUGGUAAUACCCUGCGGUUGUCUCCCGUGACCUCGCCCUACGGAUCCCCCUGCCCGCUGCGCCGCUCCCGUUCCCCUAUCCCAUCCAUCCUGUGAGGUAUCCAGCCUAAAGAACGCCUGCCCUCCCUUCCUCGGCAUCGUGUCUGAACUCACAUAUUGCCUACUGAGACUUAACGCUGCCAGGCUGGCAAAUCUCAGCAAGCAAGGAAGGAGCGUGCGCUGACAUCCUUAAGUAACACGAUUAUUCUACUUUGUCACUUGGAGUUCCCUUUAGUUCGACGCUGUCAUUUGAGACUUGCAAUAAAGGAACGCUGACUGAAGUAGCCGCCAUCCACCAUGUGAUCCAUAUUUACUAAUCAGGGAUAUUAGAUGUUUGUCAUAUUUAGAUAUCAUCAACCGCGACGUGCUUCCAGGGACAAAAAGAUAAAGAGACGUCACAACAUUUCAACCACACAUGACUGUAACUUUGCUUUAUGGUUUGGUGUUAUUUUUGGGUUUGAAGCGGAACGAAAGAGAGUAAGUUUCAUCUCACACGAGCACCGACAGCAGAGUCUGCUCAUGUUUGUGCAAGGACCUGGUUUGGCAAACAGUUCGAAGGAGGAGAAAAGCUUGAGGAUUUAUAUGCAUACAUACAUAAAGAUGUGUCCUUUUUUUGUUUGUUUUAUGCUGUAGGGAUUGUGUUUUCUUUUUUAUUUUAUUUUUUUGGUUCCACUGAGUGCCACCAAACUUGCUGUGUUUCUGGUUGUUUACUGGCAGAUAACUGCAAAGAGGUGGUCUUUACUGGUUUCACACAAGCAGAGAGCAGCGUUCUAUCUUAAUGGCUUUGGGAGACGGAACCACCAUGGCAGAAAGUGGGAUAAGACUGUCAUCAGUAAUGGCGACCUAUUGCAGUGGGAGACCGCCCUCCGAACCCACCGGUGGGAACCUCGAGGCCACUGCUACCGGACUACACGGAGGACCCUGCACAGAAGCUAAUGACUGACAGCAACCCAGCUUACCGUUCUGCCAACAAGGAAGAGACUCACUGGUAAAACAACAACAAAAAAUUCUGGGAGGACUUUGAUAUGUUGAGCCCUCUCACGUUGUUAUCAUUAUUUUAUUUUCCUGUUUUGGAAUCGGAGGGGGCGAUUGGAAAAAAGAAAGAAAACAACUGGUCCUUAAGGAGAAAGCUUAUGACAUAGACAUUGCUCCUGUAAAUACAAUAACUCCAGCACAUCUGGGCCAAGUGGCUCUGUCCACACAUCUGUCUUUUGAUGGCGAGUCGGGUAUCAAGGUGGAUGCUAUGGUAGCUGCGUAAUGUCGUGACACUCAGCAUCAAUCCCUUUUUCUAGCUGUGGUGUCUCCUUUCCAUCGCAAUAAGUGUAUUAAGACGUAUCCGUUGAGGCACUUUGUGUUUUUGAAAAUGGAGUGUUAAUCGUAUCAGAUACUCUACUUAAGGUAUAUACAGCGUAGAGAGACACAAUGUGCUAAGCUGAAUAAAUACAACGUCACAGUCAUCUGUGCUUACUUCUUAUUUGGUGACAAACAUCGGGCCCUGCCCACGCUAACACCGGUAUUUCUAUUCUUUCUUUGUUUACACUUCCCUUCAGCAAACAAACCAAUUUUCAAUUGGAAAUAAUUUGAGAUUUUAAAGUCAAGUCUAUUUGGGGUGUUUACAUGCACACUGGUAAUGUUACCACUUCACUUCACCCCUUUGCCUUGCAUUGCUUUUUGGUUCCUUCCUAUAUCCAUUUCAGAUAUUUAAACUAAAAGUUUAGAUCCUUAAACAAUUAUAUGUUUGAUUAAUUUUGUUGUACUUUAGUAUUUUCAUAAAUUGAGAAAAAUAAAUGGACAUAAAGAUGAACGGAGUAAACCAGACUUGUUCUUCCCGGAAAUCAGUUGCUAUGUAAAAAAAUCUGAGCGUUUAUGAUAUAACAUCAGACACAAAAGGUUAUGCUGCACAGUUUGUUGAUAGUAAUUUUUCAUUGGAGUGAUAUAAGCUAAUUUUCUGCUACAUAAUGAGUCAUAUAAGAAAAUUGUAAUUGUAUUCCCUUGUCUGGACAGGUGAAUCGACACAUGAGCUAUGAAAUUGGAUUGCACCAUUUCAUAUCCAAAAGAAAAAUGAAAAAAUCUGGUUAAAAAUGAUCAAAACUUUAACGGUAGUAUCAGUGAAAUGAUUAGCACCUGAAGAAGAAACACAACAGUCCAAAAUGUUCAAAUAAAUGUAUAAACAUAAAUCUAUGUUCAUUAAGCUUCAAAUAUAAUAGAAAACAUUUUCCUUAUCACUGCUUUAGCCGUGCUCAUUAUCUUCUUUAAAAUUUUAAUCUAGUGAAUGUUAACAAUAUUGCCACCUACUGGUGCAGAAUUGAUACAACGGCUUUUCUUAUGGGAGUUUUUCAGAUUUAAAGACGGAAAAAAAAAAUAUAUAUAUAUAUAAAAAAAGAUUAGUUAAAAAAAUAUAUAUAUAUCUGGCACAGCGUAGCCGGGGCCUCGGUAGGCUAAGUGACAAACGUGAGUGUGUGUCUAUACGUGUCCCAAAAACUCUACUAGGUGGAGAGCUGGGGUUUGAAACACUAGAUCAGGGGAGACCAGUGAGUGGACCCGAUGCUGAAUCUUCCAGUUAGUUUUAGCACAAGCGCUCUCCCUGCGAUGCAGCUACCAUUGUAGAAGCCUCCCCUUCCUCCCCCAUCCCCCCACGCCCACUAACCCCCGCCACCAAUACCUACCUGGUGCAUUUAGUGCUGCAGAUUUUUUUUUUUUUUUCUCACUUUGCAAACCAAAAUGAUUCUUAACAUUACUCCUCAUUAUUUCUGGUCGCUACAGAAAAAAGAAGAAGAAGAAGAAAAAAAAACAACUGCAUGACUUGAUUCUUCCAAGCUCUUUCCCCUUAACCCCCCCUCCCUCCCCUCCCUCCCCCACUCUGUUAUGGGGACGGAGCAAAAAGUGUAGCAGAAAUUUCUCCGCGUUCCGAAGCGGGACUUCUAGAGCGGUACGCGUCUGCACUGUAGCAACCCUGUGUACCCACACAAUCGGAUCGGCUUUGCAAUAAGCAAAACGGGGAAGGAAAAAAAAAAAAAAAAAAAAAAAAAGCACCGACCCACACUGUGAUUUCAGCAGCCAGUUAAAGUAGGUACGGAGCCAGGAACAGAAAAUAAAACGAAGCCCCUCCCGCCCUACC